GUUUAACCUCAGGUGGGCGUACCUGCAGGUGUGGGCAGGGUUUGAAGUUCAUCAGUAAACUGUUUGAUCUGAGAUCAGUUGUGGCUCGUUGUGGUUUUACUCCAGCACCAGACAAACAGAGCAAUGGCUGCAUCUCAACUCCUGGAUGAGCGAGAAGAUGAGAGAGAUAAUGGGAGUGAUAAUGGGAGCUACCACGUGAUGGUGUCAAUGGAGGACAGGACACACACACAGACCACACCCACAGGACGGACACGCCCCUACCUGGACGUGCCAAGCGAUCACGUUGACGACAAGGCAAACGUCAACGAGUCGCGCCGAUUGCUGAACGGCUUCCGUAAAGGCUUGCGUAAAAAUCAGGACUACGUCCACAUCUCUGUCCCAAAGUCAACCAUCAUCCAGACGUCCAGCACCUCUCGUCUUCCUGCAGAAUGGUGGAAAACCGGCAUCGCUUUCAUCUGGGCGGCUUUUAACCUCCUGCUCACCACUGUCAUGAUCACUGUGGUCCACGAGAGGGUCCCGGAUAAAUCCAUCAGCCCACCUUUACCGGAUAAGUUCUUUGAUUACGUGGAGCGUGUGACGUGGGCGUUUUCUGUCACAGAAGUCAAUGGAAUGAUUCUGGUGGCGCUGUGGUUUGUUCAGUGGCUCUUCCUCAAGCAUAAGGCAAUUGUGGGCCGAAGGUUUUUCUUCCUGCAGGGAAUGUUGUAUUUGUACCGCAUGAUCACCAUGUACAUCACAACACUCCCUGUACCCAGCAUGCACAUGGACUGUGCCCCAAAGUUGUAUGGAGAUUCUCAGGGUAAGGUCCAGCGUGCCCUGCAGUUGGUGUCUGGAGGAGGUUUGUCCAUUACAGGCUCUCAUCUCAUGUGUGGAGACUUCAUGUACAGUGGCCACACAGUCAUGCUGACCCUCACCUUCCUCUUCAUCCAGGAAUAUUCACCUCGCUCUCUGCUGUGGCGUUUCUAUCACGUUAUCUGCUGGUUGCUAAGCGCAGUGGGUGUGGUCUGUAUCCUGGUUGCACAUGAGCACUACAGUGUAGAUGUUGUGGUGGCGUAUUUCAUCACCUCCCGUCUCUUCUAUUGGUACCACACCAUGGCCAACAACCAGGGUCUGAGAGGUUCUCCUCACAACUACCUGAACAGAACGUGGUGGAACUUUGCAUUUAACUUCCUGGAGAAGAAUGUUAAGAUGAGGGUUCCCUGCACGUUCUCAUGGCCGUUAUCAAUCCCCACUGCGUGCUUUAAGAAUCCCUGCAGAAGCUACUCGAAAGUACAGAGCACACGAGAUGAAUGACACACCUGCACAUGUUUCAUCAAGUGAUUUGUUUGAGUAACAAUUUCACUCUGACAGCAAAAAAUAUGAAGCGUGUGAGCAAAGAACUACAAACACAUCUGUGUACAUUUCUUUCUAAAGUGAGAUAUUACAGACCUGAUGUGACUUCAUCAAUCACAUCUGAUGAAUGUAAGUAUGUACAGUAUGUUAUCAGAUUCUAAGUGUUUAUCAGACUCUACAGACGCACAUCUGGACCAGAAGAUCUUUGCUUUAGUCCUGCUGGAGUAUUUUUUGUAAAGAAUGAUUUUAUCAA